AAUUGAGAGGAGGACUGCUCCAGUGCAUGGCAAAGCCUGCAUUUCUAUUUUCCGGACCUGUCAUGCAACAGACUGGAGGCACCACUGCCCUCCUCUCUGCAACCAGACGAAUGAGGAAGUUCAGAGCAGAGCUCGCAGCAGCUUCCUUUAACAGCUUGACGAGGCAGAGGAUGAUCAGAUGAGAGAAAUUAAAGGAGAUUAAAAUGGCAAGAGAGAUAAGCUAGUGUUUGUUUGAUUACUAGUGUUAUUUUCUUCAAAAAGCUGAUGCAAAACACCAGAGCUCAGGCUCUUUGACGACAAGCAGGAUGCCAAGUUUUCAACCUUGGUACCAUGGUAAUAUAACCCGAUCCAAAGCCGAAAAUCUUCUCUCCAAUACAGCAAGAGAUGGGAGCUUCCUUAUCCGGGACAGCGAGUCCAUACAGGGAGCGUACGCUCUCUGUGUUUUAUUCCAGACAUGUGUUUACACAUACAGAAUCCUUCCAAACGAGGACAAAAAGCUCUCUGUUCAGGCAUCAGACGGGGUUCCUAUUAGGUUCUUCACUUUGCUGAACGAGCUGGUGGACGCCUACUACAGCCCCAACAUGGGUCUGAUCACGCACCUUCAGUACCCGGUCCCAAGAGAGGAGGAUGUCGAGGAAGAGCAAGAAUCCACCAACCAUCCGCCCCAACUCCCACCCAGAAAGAUCUCACCAGACCCUAAAGAAAAUGACUCCAAGACUAUGGAACAAGCCAGCAAGUCUCUGUCAGACACCUACCAGAUGAGACUGCAGCAUGUGGACAUGUCCCAUUUGUCAGAGGAGCAUCAGAUGGCCCUCCAGGAGUAUUUUAGGACCUCAAUCUGCUUGGACGCUGAACAAGCACAGAACGGAAACUUAAGCCUGCCUGGCCUGAAGAAGCUACUCGCGGCAGUCUGCAAAAACCUAAACAGUGAGAUUUCCCAAAUCCUGCCGGCUCUGGAGAUCUUCCACCGAGCGCUGGACCAGCAGCUCUCUCCGGGUCCUGGAUUGUUCUCAAAACAAAUUUCUUCCAAUUCAUCUCAGUCUAUAUCAGACAGACUGGAGCAACUCACAAAGCUGCUCUACUCUAUUGAGGAUAAGGCUAAAAACACCGUUUUUGAGACAAUUGGAUACGAUGGAGGCCACAGGAAGUCUCUCAUCCCGGUUGUUACAUUUGAGGUCAAGCAGGAAUCCCUCGGUAUGUCCACAAAGAUGUUCCUGAAGGUGGACGUGGAGAGUGGAAAGCUUUAUUUUAAGAAAUCAAAGGAGGGACCUGAAGACAAAUACUUUGUCCACAAUAAAAUCCUGAAGCUGGUGAAGUCCCAGAAAAUGCACGCCAAGCUCAUAAUCAUGGUGGAGACGGAGAAAGAGAAGACUUUGAAAAAAGAGUUUGUCUUUGAUGACACAAAGAAAAGGGAAGGCUUCUGUCAGCUGCUCCAACAAAUGAAGAACAAGCACUCUGAAAAGCCUGAACCCGACAUGAUCACAGUGUUUGUUGGCACCUGGAACAUGGGAGGUGUGGGUCCUCCCAGCAACAUCGACUCCUGGUUUCAGUGUAAGGGUCAAGGGAAGACGAGCGAUGAAAGCGCUGACCACAUCCCGCACGAUUUUUACGUCAUCGGGACUCAAGAGGAUCCAUUGAGUGAGAGGGAGUGGGUCGACACUGUGAAAAGUGUCCUGAGGAACAUCACAAACAUUAGCUUCAAGCUGGUGGCUUCUCACACUUUGUGGAACAUCCGGAUUAUGAUCCUCGCCAAGCCUGAGCAUGAGAACCGGAUCUCCCACAUCUUCUCUGACAGUGUGAAGACCGGGAUAGCCAAUACUUUGGGGAACAAGGGAGCAGUGGGCGUGUCUUUCAUGUUCAACGGAACCUCUUUCGGUUUUGUCAACAGUCACUUGACCUCUGGAAGUGAGAAGAAGCUCAGGCGAAAUCAGAACUACACAAACAUAUUGAGAUUCUUAAAUCUGGGCGAUAAGAAGCUCAACCCGUUCGACAUCACACAUCGAUUCACACACCUCUUCUGGCUCGGGGAUUUGAACUACCGUGUUGAACUUCCAUCUACAGAAGCUGAGCACAUUGUGUCAAAGAUCAAACAGCAGCAGUACCAGGAACUUCUUACCAAAGACCAGCUCAGAAUGGAGAGGAACGACGAAAAGGUCUUCUUGCAUUUUGAUGAAGAAGAUAUCACUUUUGCACCCACGUAUCGUUUUGAGAGAGACACGAGGGAGAAGUAUGCCUACACAAAGGCCAAAGCCACAGGGACCAAAUACAACUUACCUUCAUGGUGUGAUCGAGUCCUGAGAAAGUCUUAUCCUCUGGUUCAUGUUGUUUGCCACUCGUAUGGUUGCACUAAUGACAUCAUGACCAGUGACCACUCACCUGUUUUUGCCUCGUUUGAAGUCGGGGUCGCUUCACAGUUUGUCUCCAAACAAGAUCCAAACACUGAAAGUCAAGGAGGAAUACAAAUCAUGAACUGCGUUGCUGUCUUGUUGACUAAAGCAAAGACAAAGUUCUUCAUUGAAUUCCAUUCCAGCUGCUUGGAGAAGAGCAUGAAGACUAAAGAAGGGGAGAACAUGGAACAGUCUGACGGCUCCAUAAAAGUCACAUUUGGCAACCAAGUUGAGCUCACUCCCAUCAUCUCUGACCCGGAGUACCUCUUGGACCAGCACAUCCUCAUCUGCGUGAAGUCGGUAGACUGCGACGAGUCGUACGGAGAGGGUUGUGUGGCGCUGCGGGCUGCACAGUUCUGCUACCGGGAGUUUCAGGUCACACUGACUCACCACGGGGAGAAGACUGGCACGCUGACAGGCGGCAUCCAGUUACGAACCUCAGAGGGCAAACCCACUGAGAAGUUAUACGAUUUCAUCAAAGUUGAGAGGGAUGAUGCUGUCCCUUUCAAAGCCAAAGGAGGAGACAAGUUUGCCAUGGCACAGACUCAUGACAUUUCAAACCCGAGCUACAUGGGACUGUCGUUCAAAGUUGGGAACGUAAAAGAAAAGGGUUGGAGUUACAACAUGCUCAACCGAGGGCCAGACGCUGCUGGACAGAUGGGCAAAGAUUCGAAGAAGGCUGGUUAUGAUUUGAGCCCCACAGCUAAAGUGUCUUCAGGGGGCGGAGAUGAACCCGUGUCAGAGAUGUUUGACAAUCCGCUCUACGGGUCGAUGGGAAAAUCCCACGGCAGGGGAAAGGAGCCGAGCCAUCAGCAGACGGACCACCUCACGGCUGGAGAUCCCCCCCAGUCGUCCUCCAAAGAUUCUGAGCUCGAACGCCCACCUCUGCCCACCCCGCGAAACCGCUCCUACACCUGCUCCGACAACAAACCCCAGCCCCCGGCCCCCGCUAACCUGCACCCGACAGUGCAGAAGAAACCGGUGGUGCCUUCGCGCUCAGAGGGCGGGACGGCGCCCAGCCGCCCUCCCCUGCCGGCAAAGUCCCGACCAGAACCCCAGCCCCACAAAUCCAGAGACUACAGGGACAUCUCGGACAUCCAGAACAAAAACAGAGCACCGGCGAGACCCGCCCAGCCCCACAAAGACAAUGCCCCUAAAAUGGGUCGCCCCGGGAACUGAGAGGAGGCUGCAGCGACGGUCGAUCGGCGUGCUCCAAUCAGCUUCCUGCUCUGCAUUUCUACAAACUCACAAAGACAGAGCUUCAGCCACUUCUCACUGUGAACCCCUGAUGAGAGGCUCCUCCUUUGUGUGCGCUUUUUAUGGUUUGAGAUGACACGAUGCCGUCUGUGAGCCAGCUUUGCAUCAGCGGAGUCAAAGCGCCAUCAAAUAAACCCCGCCUCCAAGCUGAUGGGUUUUUCUAAAGUCAGAGACAAGAAAUCUGUAAUUAGGAACGUCAAACUAAUCAUUAUCAAUGUAAUAAACAUCUUCAGCUCUCAGGUGUGUGUAUAAAUAAGGUUUAAAAACUGGAUUUUCCAACUCCACAGCAAAAGCUGAAUCUUGAUCUCUGCUUUUAAAUAAAAAGAUUCCAGAGUUUUA